AUGCGGACGGGGAAUCACGUGAUAGAGACGCGAGAGAAACAGCAGCAGCAGAAACAACCUAGUCGAACUAAGGGCGACGAGCUAGGGGGUAUUAGUAGCAGGACGGCAGUUAGCGAGCUAGGGGGGACAGGCAGGACGGCAGUCGGCGAGCUGGAGAUAGUACGCGAGGAGAAGCGGAGCCUCGAGAAGUGCCUCCAGCUCGUCGUGGAGGAGCGCGACGCGCUGCUAGAGCUCGCCGCGAGGAACGCCGUUGAUCGCGCUGUCGCGACGAAGAGCGUCGCCGGGUCGAAGAAAGAGAAAGAGCGCGCCGUAGAUCGCGCGGCCGUGUUUGAAUCACCGCCGUCGCCACCGUGCGACGCAGCGAGUGCUAUUGGUAAGCUAGGCGAACCGCUCGCUACGGCGGACCGAGCCGGCCUACCGCGGCGGAGCCGUGCGCAUUCCGCGGAGCGUGUCCAGCGCGAGGGGGGCGGAGCGGGGUCGUUCCGGCGGCCGGCGGAAGGCCGUCCGCAGUCGGCGGAGCGCGGACCUCGUCGCGCGGGGAUCGCGGAUGGGGAAUCGGCGGAGUGGGAGGGCGGCUGCGCAAGCGCGCUGAUAGCGUUGGCAUUGGAAAAGGAGAGAGAGAGCAAGUGGGAGAUGGAGUAUCGUAGAGAAUUGCGGAAGGGGGAGUUAAUGGACGGAGCGGAGACUUUGCGCUGGGAACGGGGGGAAGACGACCGGGCAAAGGCGCGGGAGUGGGAGGCGAAGCGGGAAUUUCUGCGGGAGGAGCGGAAGAGGCAGCUAGCGCGGGAAAUGGGGAAGGUGGGGGCGGUUGUUGCUGGGGAGAAGCGACGUAUAGAGGAAAAGCGCGUGGUUGAGAUCGGACGGCGAAAUCAGAAUCCCCUCCAGGGGGAGACGCGGAAGGAAUGGUCGCACGGGAAAACGACGGAGAGCGGGGAAAGGCGACGGCUGCUAGAACAAGCCAACGCCGCGAAACGGGAGAGUGAUCGGGCGGAGAGGAAGGAGAGAGAACGGGCGAGGGAGAUGGAGCACUCUGAGCAGCGGGAGAGGGAGAAGGAACGGGCAGACGAGAGGGGGAAGGAGCUGCGACGGGAGGUGGAGCGGCGGAGGGAACAGGAACGAGAGAGAAUGAGGCAACUGGAGCGGCAGAAAGAACUGGAGGAGGAGAGGGAGCAGGAGCAGAAGCGGGAGGCGGAGAAGGAGAGGGAGUGGCGGAAGGAUAAGGCGCAGGCGGAAGCGUGGGAGAAGGAGUGCGAGCGCCUGAGCGAGGAGGUGGAGCGCCUGCACGAGGCCCUCCAGCAGGCGCGGAGCGAGGUGGCGGGAGUGCGCAGGCUCAGCGCAGGCGCGGGCGCGGCGCAGUCGGGGGCGGAAUCCGCGGAAUCGGAACUGGCGAAGGAGCUGGAGCAGACGAAGCUGCGGCUGGCGAAGGUGGAGGCGGAGCGCGGGCAGCUGGCGAGCGCGGUGGAGCGCAUGGUGCUGGAGAUGGCGGACGCGGUGCGGGAGCAGGAGCAGUUCCGCGAGGCGCUGCAGCACACGAGCUUGGAUACGAUGCUGCUAUCGCACGCGUUGGGGUCCGUAAAGACGCUUCAGUCGACCGUGCAUCUCAUGCAACAGCAGCUACAUCGGGUAAGCUGA